UGCAUAUUGGUGGAAUCGAGUGUAGGUGGGCGAGACAAACCUAUGGCAUGGCGUGCCUGUGCUCAACAUCUUCCAAGGCACGCCGCUGGGCGGCGACCAAAAUGCCGAAUACACUGCGCACGCCUAUCUUUGUCGAAGAACUCGUAUCCACCUCUCCAAUUCAUUUCCAACCCCCCACCGCUCGCACACCAAGAUCCACCGGUCGUCUCGACUCCCGUACGAAUCCAGGGGUAUGACAUUGGCCAAUAUAGAACGCUCAUGUGAGCAAUGUCAUCCCCACCGCUUAGUUAGCUGACCCCUUGUAGGUGUAUCGCUUACUUGAUGAUAAAAGCUAACCUGCCACGAG